AUGCUGCCCGUCACAGAGCACCUGCUGUGCCUCCUGGGCCUGGAGAGGACCGCGUUCCGCUUGUGCGCCGUGUCGGCACUCCUCCUCUCCCUACUCCUCCUCCUCUUCCGCCAGCUGCUGCGGCUGCUGCGGCUCUGCUGGCGCUUCCACAUCACCUGCCGUCGGCUGAGCUGCUUCCCCCAGCCGCCACGGCGCAACUGGCUGCUGGGCCAUGCGGGCAUGUAUCUCCCAAAUGAGAUGGGCCUGCAAGAUGAGAAGAAGGUGCUGGACAACAUGCACCAUGUGAUCCUGGUAUGGAUCGGACCCAUCCUGCCACUGUUGGUCCUGGUGCACCCUGACUACAUCAAGCCCCUGGUGGGCGCCUCAGCUGCCAUUGCCCCCAAGGAUGACCUUUUCUAUGGCUUCCUGAAACCUUGGCUGGGAGAUGGGCUGCUGCUCAGCAAAGGUGACAAGUGGAGCAGGCACCGCCGCAUGCUGACGCCCGCCUUCCACUUUGACAUCCUGAAGCCCUACGUGAAGAUCUUCAACCAGUGCAGCAACGUCAUGCAUGCUAAGUGGCGGCGCCUGGCGGAGGGCUCGGUGGUCUCCCUGGACAUGUUUGAGCACGUCAGCCUCAUGACCCUGGACAGUCUGCAGAAGUGCGUCUUUAGCUACAACAGCAACUGCCAGGAGAACAUGAGCGACUACAUCUCAGCCAUCAUUGAGCUGAGUGCACUGGUGGUCCGGCGCCAGUAUUCCCUGCACCACCACAUCGACUUCAUCUACUACCUCACGGCCGAUGGGCGGCGUUUCCGGCAGGCCUGUGACACCGUGCACCGCUUCACCACGGAGGUCAUCCAGGAGCGGCGUCGGGCGCUACGCCAGCAGGGGGCUGAGGCCUGGCUGAAGGCCAGGCAGGGCAAGACCUUGGACUUUAUCGAUGUGCUGCUCCUGGCCAGGGAUGAAGAUGGGAACCAACUGUCAGACGAGGACAUCCGAGCUGAGGCAGACACCUUCAUGUUUGAGGGUCAUGACACAACAUCUAGUGGGCUCUCGUGGGUGCUGUUCAACUUGGCCAAAUACCCAGAGUACCAGGAGAAGUGCCGAGAAGAGGUCCAGGGAGUCAUGAAAGGCCGGGAGCUGGAGGAGCUGGAGUGGGACGACCUGGCCCGGCUGCCCUUCACCACGAUGUGCAUCAAGGAGAGCCUACGCCAGUUCCCGCCCGUGAUGCUGGUCUCCCGCCGCUGCACGGAGGACAUCAAGCUCCCGGACGGGCGCGUCAUCCCCAAAGGAAUCAUCUGCCUGGUCAGCAUCUAUGGGACCCACCACAACCCCACAGUGUGGCCUGACUCCAAGGUAUACAAUCCCUAUCGCUUUGAUCCGGACAACCCACAGCAGCGCUCCCCGCUGGCCUUCCUGCCCUUCUCCGCAGGACCCAGGAACUGCAUCGGACAGAGCUUCGCCAUGGCCGAGAUGCGCGUGGCCGUGGCGCUGACGCUGUUGCGCUUCCGCCUGAGCGUGGACCGCACGCGCAAGGUGCGGCGGAAGCCCGAGCUCAUCCUGCGCACCGAGAGCGGCAUCUGGCUGAAAGUGGAGCCGCUGCCGCCGCGGGCCUGA